AAAAUAUCUUUAAGAACUUUAUUGAUCAGUGACUGACAAACCAUAUAAUUCACCAUUAUAGUGUGUGAUUCAACGGUAUCUCAGUAGACCCAUAGUUGUGGAACAAAUUCCACAAUUACAUAAACGUCCUCAUCAUUCCAAAUAUCCAUGCCCUGUUUUCUCUCAGCUCACCUUCCUCACGUGACCUGUGGCUGUUUCAGGAGACUCGCCUAUCUGCAUACUCGGUAUAAGGAGAUCUUGCCUUAUGUGGUCUUUUAUGUCUGGUUUCUUUCUCUUACUGUAAUGUUCUCAAGGUUCAGCCCUAAUACAUACAAGGCUCAUGUAUGUGUUAAUUAGCACUUCAUUCCUUCUAUUGCAAAAAAAAAAAUGUCAUUAUAUCCCUAUAUAGCUAGCUUGAAUAUAGCUUUUCCCUUCCAUACCUUCACUGUGAAGUUUUUUUUUUCCCUAAGACUCUGAUCGAUUUAGGUCUUACCUUUAUGCUUAACAUGUAUUUUGAGUUUAUUCUUAUAUAAUUCUUUUGUAUAUAUCCCGUUGCCCUUCUAUAUUUUGUUGGUAUGAACUAUGGACCAGUACGCUUGAGAAGUCGGAAGAAAGAUAUUCUGUCACCUGUCACCUUUCCAGCAGGACAGCUUACUAUAGAGCCACGUUGAAAGCUUCCAUUAGUCUGCAGCCACACCCCCUCAAUGGGCAGGAUCUGGUCUGAAAGUUCCGUUAUUCUAGGGUAAACUUAAUAGCUCCAUGCUGACUAUCCGGUGGACUGAGCUGUUAUCGAUACGAUGUGAUAGUCAAAAGCCAAGGCAAAUAGCUCAAAAGAUAAUCAAAGUUUCCUAUUAGCUUCCGAUUUGAGGUAUGAUGCAUAAAGUCUGGCACUAGAAUAUUCUAAUAUGAGCAUCAACUCUCUAGAUGAUUUAAUGGCGUAUAAGUUGCCAUAUUUGUCUUACAAAAUGAAAAGUCAGUAGAACCCACACUAUGUGAAUUUGAAUUACUAUAGAGUGAUUCUUGUGCAGUUGGCACAGAGUCAAGAGUAUAGUGUGCCAAGAAAAAGAUCCCUGUUGUAUACUCUGCCCAGAUUUCAUUUUGAGCUUCUAAAAAUUUCUAUUGCUACUAAACCAAAGUUAAAGGAACCUUUAACUUAAUUCUCUAAAACUCAUUAUUAUUCUUAUUUUGAGGAAUAGUUUAGGAUAUAUGUAAGCAAUGAUCAAUGAAACAAUACACUAAUCCCAGCAUUUGAGAGGCAGAGGCAUAUGUAUCUCUGUAAGUUCGAGGCCAGCCUGGUCUACAGAAUGAGUUUCAGGGCAGCCAGGGCUACACAGAGAAAUCCUGUCUGGAAAAACAAAACAAAACAAAACAAAACAAAACAAAACAAAACCAACAAAAACCCAAAACAACAACAACAACAACAAGUUAUCCAGAAAAGCCCAGUUAACUAAUCCGCUAUGCACUGGAACUAUCCCGUAUCAGUUCUGAAUCACGCUUGCCAUCAGCAUUGAAAUUAGUGGUCCUGUUUUGGACACUGGGACCUUUGAUUCGUUAUAGAGUAUAUGUUACAGUUGGUUUUCUGCGUCUUUUGUCACAGAAGAUUUUUGCUUUAGUAAUAAAUAAGACGCCUAGAUUUUGGUAUCUUUGUAUUUGCAGCAUCAAAAGGCCCGGUAGACUUGAGUUCCAACGCUUCUAUUGAAAUAGCCAUGACAGGAAGUAUGGAGCUAAGUCUCAUUGCUUCUGACUAACCCACAAAAGGACAAGAUAAUCUUUCUAAGAUAUCGAAGUCAAUAUUUAAUUUCAUUAUGAGUGAGGACAAUAAUGACCGAUGUCACUGUGUUCAAAUGCACUGGAACUCAGCAAUACAAUCGCUAGCUUUUUAUAUCUCUGGAGGGACAUCUUUCCAUUUGUGCGACUCAGGAGUCCCAGAUCCAUUCUGAUAGCUUGGACCAUGCAGGGUGAAACCUCUUUAUGGUCCAGGUCACUCGAGUUACUGUUUUAUGCUGGUACCCGGGACCCGGACUACUUCCAGAGAAGGUGGUGACUGACAGUCUUGGAUUCUUGCCCCUUGCAAGGUGCGCCUCGACCCUCGCCUUCAGCCUUAGAUCUGGCCAUUCCUGCAGCGGUGGAGAGGGCACUGGUAAGUCCCACACGGUGUCCUGGGCUAACUCCUGCUUUCGAGUCAGCCCGGGUGCAAAGUGUCCGGCAUGCACCAACGGAGCUCGGCGGGCAGCGCGGCGGUGUCCGGGCGGGGCGGGCGAGGGUCCGAGCGGCCAAGGCAAGCGCGGGCGGAGCAUGUGACCACGGCGCGCGGGGCUGGGCGCGCAGUGCCGCGCGGUGGUGGCGGCGGGGAGAGCAAUGGAGGCCGCGGGCGCUUGAGAGCCGGCCGCGCUGCUGGGGCUGCUGCUGCUGCGGAGGCUCGGCGGGCUGGGACGUUCCCGGGGCGCGCGGCUCUCGCCAAUCCCUCUCUCCACGGCGGCGCCCUGCGAAACCGCAGUUCCCAAGAGCUGUGAUUCCCAGGCUGUCUCGGUGUUGCACCCUGGUUCCUGACGCACAUCCCCGAGGUGGGUCCACCUUUCUACAAGAAGAAAGGCUCGGUGGUGAAUUAUCCGGCAACAAUAGGAGUUGUGUCCGUUCAUAACAACAAGAAGAGGGGAGGCAAAUUCCAACCUUUUAAGAAGUUGUUUGGCAAAAGGAAAAAGAAAGGCACUUCACUGUCUUCCGAGGGAUCGGCUGGGAGGCAGAGUCACUCGCCCCGGAGUGCCAGCAAUGGGACCUUCUCUUCGGAUGAGGAAACCCUGGAGAACAAUCUGAGGUCCUUCAACUAUUCUAUGGGAGCACGGGCGUUCUCCCAUGACAGUAUUUUUAUCCCUGAUGGGGGAGCAGAAAGUGAGCAGACAGUUCAAGCAAUGUCACAGGACAACAUCCUGGGCAAAGUCAAAACUCUUCAGUCGACUAAGCAGUAUGUUCCUGCGACAGUUGGGCAAGAAUAUCAAGUUUGGGCAGCGGCCAUCGAACGCCAUUCCCAUGAAGAAGGCAGGCAGCACAGAUGCUAGCUCAGAGGAGGACUUCGUCCUCACCAGUCCCAUGGAGAUUGUGACUCAGCAGGAUAUUGUCCCCUCAGACACGGAGAACAAAUCCAGCGAUACACCAAGUUCCUCAAGUCCUCUGAAUCUACCUGAAGCCGGAAGUGACAUGGAAGAGAAGGUUGCUCCAGUUAAACCCUCUCGGCCAAAAAGGCACUUGUCUUCCGCCGGCACCAUCGAAAGUGUCAACCUCGAUGCCAUUCCCCUGGCCAUCGCUCGUCUGGACAACAGUGCUGCCAGGCACAAACUCGCCGUGAAGCCAAAAAACCAGAGGGUGUCAAGGAAGCACAGGUGGCUUGCCCAGGACCGACAGAAUGAACCGGGCAGCUUUGAGAGUCAGUCCUCCCUGGACCAGAACGGGCAGCUAGGAGAAGACAAGCACAUUUGGCACGGAGAGGAACCAGAACCUUUGGAAUCCCACGAAGAGAAAAGACUGCACGAAGAGUAUUGGCGGGAACUUGAAGCCAAGUGCAAACGACAAAAAGCCGAAGCCGCUGAGAAGAGGCGCCAGGAAGAGCAGAGGCGGCAGGCGCUGGAGAGGAGGCUUUGGGAGGAGAGCCUCAGACAGGAGCUGCUGGAAGAGGAGGAGGAGGGGGAGGAGGAAGAAGAGGUGAAGGAGGAGGGGGAGGAGGGCGAAGAGGUGGGCCUGCAGCCACGGGCAGGGAAGGUACCUCCAGAGGAAGGGCACCAGUCUGGUCCGGAGGAACAGCGCUGUACAGAGCAAGAGCUGGGGGGAGCCGACGAUCCCGCCCGCCUGGAGGCAGAAGAGCGCAGGCGUGAGCAGGAAGAGGCCGAGAGGCAGGCGGAGAAACUGAGGCAGCGCGAGGCUGAGAGGCAAGAGGAGGAACAGAAGCAGCGCGAGGCCGAGAGGCAAGAGGAGGAAGCGAGACAAUGCGAGGCCGAGAGGCAGGCGGAGAAACUGAGGCAGCGCGAGGCCGAGAGGCAGGAGGAGGAAGCAAGACAACGCGAGGCCGAGAGGCAGGCGGAGAAACUGAGGCAGCGCGAGGCCGAGAGGCAGGAGGAGGAACUGAGGCAACGGGAGGAGGCUGAGAGGCAGGAGAAACUGAGGCAGCGCGAUGCUGAAAGCCAAGAGGAGGAACUAAGGCAGCGCGAGGCGGAGAGGCAGCGCGCUCAGGAGGAGGACGCCAAGGGGAUGCUGCAAGAGGAGGAGGAGGAGGCCAAGCGCAUAGAAGAGCUGAAAGGAAAGGAGACACCAGAGCCGCUGGUGGAGGAAGGUCCGCAGAGUCCAGAAGGAGAGAGCCAGCCUUGGCUAACGGACGAUGCUGACCAGCGAAGCCCACUGCAGCGGGACCUUGAGAAGCCAGGGGAACGGGAACGAGAAGACCUGGAAUCCGCAGGGCAGAGAGAGAUCGCGGAGGAGCCUAGAGGAGAGGGCGAGCCGGCCGAGCAGAGCGGAGACUUGGACGCGCACUGCGGUGGUGUGGACGGGGAAGGGAAAGAAACCGCUCAGACAGACAGUCCCCAGCCGCAGGAGAGACAGAUGGAAGGAACACCGGCCCCGGAGGAGAAUGAAGCUACUGCGGCAGACAUAGACCGGAAGGUGGAGGAGCUCCGGUGGCAGGAGGUGGACGAGCGGCAGACCAUGCCCCGGCCCUACACAUUCCAGGUUUCCUCUGGGAGUAGGCAGAUUCUCUUCCCCAAAGUCAACCUGAGCCCGGUAACACCCGCUAAGGACGCGAGCUUGGCCCCAGCGGCCCAGGAACCGCCCGCGCCCCGCGGUGCCGCCUCACACGCCCUGCCAUCAGCGCUGAGCAUCCCACACACGGCCAUUUUGGUCACCGGAGCGCAGCUCUGCGGCCCGGCGGUCAACUUGAGCCAGAUCAAGGACACAGCAUGUAAGUCCCUCCUGGGGCUGUCAGAAGAAAAGCGCCCUAUGGACGUCCCCACUGUGGAGUCCAGGGCCGGCAGUGGGAAGUCCAGGCCUGCCCCAGAGUCACCAAGCAAUGCGGCCGCGCUAGCCGAGUGGGCUUCCAUUCGAUCCAGAAUCCUGAAGAACUCGGAGGGCGACCAACGUGGCGACAGAGAGCCGGCCAGAGCCGGGGACGAGCCAGUGCCUCGAGCGCGGUGCGAUUCCCGAGGGAACGUGCGCAGGACGCCGCCAGUCAACGCCAAGUUCUCCAUCAUGCCUGCCUGGCAAAAGUUUUCGGACAGCGGCGCAGAGACCUUCAGACAAAGCCUGGACGGGGAGAGCGGAAGGAAAAAGCCGGGGCUAGCACCCAGCGAAGAAACAGCACCCCAGCCUCAUGCAGCGGCUCAGCAAGAGGUAAGCCAGGAGCCACCAGACACCACAGACGGAUGCAAAUUUGCCAAAGACCUUCCAUCUUUCCUCGUUCCAGGCCUGCCUUCUCCGCAGAAAGCUGCGUCCCGCACGGAGUCCACGACCACUUUGGACAGCGAGACCACGAGUGACGUGGGAAACCCAGACCCUGCGAUGCCAGGAGGCGAGGAAAAGGCCUCGCCCUUUGGAAUAAAAUUGAGAAGGACCAACUAUUCCUUGCGCUUCCACUGUGACCAACAGGCCGAACAGAAGAAGAAAAAGAGGCACAGCAGCACAGGAGACAGUGUGGGUGGGGCCACCCCCGCAACUGGGAGUGUCUCUGGAGAGAGCGAGCCUGAAGCCACGUUCCUCAAGCAUGGCCCAUCCCUUCCCCAGGAGAGAAAGCCAGCCCUAUCCCCUCGGAAGGACUCUGCUGAAAGCCAUUCUAGCGGUCACUAUGUUGCUGUGGCCCAGUCUGGUCUACCACCGGCCAGUGGCCAGACCCCAGCUCCAGAGCAAGACAGGGCAGUAAGCAAAAUGCCAUCCAUGCAGAAGCCGGCCCUGGCUCCCAAGCCUGCCAGCCAGACCCCACCUUCAUCCCCACUCUCCAAACUGAGCAGACCCCACUUAGUGGAGCUUCUUGCUAGGCGAGCUGGGAAGCUCGACUCCGAGCCCAGUGAGACUGCCAAGGAGAGCAGUGAUAACCAGCCACCCUCACCAUCACUGCCCGAGGAGCUGAAGGGGCAGAAGAGGGAUGAGAAAGAUGUGCCAGAAAAGAAGCCUGCUUCCCCACCUCUGCCAGCGGGCCAGCAAGAGAGACCUUCGCUAAUUCCUGAAACAGGUAGAAAAGAGAAGCCCGUGCUUCAGAGCAGGCACUCUCUGGACGGCUCCAAGGUGACAGAGAAAGUCGAAACCGCUCAGCCGCUGUGGAUAACACUGGCACUCCAGAAACAGAAGGGAUUCCGGGAGCAGCAAGCAACUCGGGAGGAGAGGAAGCAAGCCCGGGAGGCCAAGCAAGCAGAAAAGCUCUCCAAAGAGACCGUCAGUGUCAGCCUACAGCCUGGAAGCAGCCGGGCAAGCAAAACUGCCCCCGUGCACAAGCCUGCUGCUCCAUCUGAAGAGAAAAAGCCAGAAACGGCCGUGUCCAGGCUGCAGCGCAGAGAGCAGCUAAAGAAGUCCAACACUCUCCCCACGUCUGUGACAGUGGAGAUCUCAGACUCUGCGCCCUCAGCAGCACUGGUAAAAGACGUCACCAAGCGGUUCUCCACCCCAGACGCUGCCCCGGUGUCCACAGAACCUGCCUGGCUGGCUUUGGCCAAACGAAAAGCCAAGGCCUGGAGCGACUGUCCGCAGAUUAUUAAGUAAAGAGCGACUUUCACCCACGCCCUCGGCCGGUUGUCGGCUCUUCUCUUGCCCGUUUUAUUUAUUUAUUUUUUAUAUGAGGUUAACGGAACCAGGCUAGGGAAAAGCAGCAUGCUUACUAGGCUCCAAAAUAAUGUUCAGCAACGGAAGUGGUGGGGUUCGUUGUAAAGAGUGUAUUUGCACAACCCUGGGUCCUGGUGCCUUGAGCUCCCUCUAGUUCUCAAGAGACAGUUUUGUCUGAGGGACCACGUGUAGCAAAAUCUGCAAGUGCGAGCUCCUCAGGGGAGCGCCAUGCCCACCCAUGGCCUUCACAUAUGCAUACCCAUGCACCAUUUCAGAACAUGUCCUUUUGCCAAGCUUUGUAAGUUGUUGUUUUAUUUUUGAUUCUCUUCUAUCCAAAACAUUGACCCUACUAUGUUUGCAUAUGUAACAGUGACAGGUUCACAUGUACAUUAAACAUGGUGUCACUCUCCUGAAUGCAGGAACUGGAGAAAUAAGGAAAAAGCUGGCUCCCAACUCUGUGCCUAUGUGUGGUUUUCAUGAAUUCCCCCCACCUUAAAAACCAUAAGGUAGCAAACCCGCUUGCACUCUUACUACGCUCAAUCCAUGGUGUGCCCCGUCUUACCAGUACCUUUUUAAAGACACAUGGACCAUUUGGCCUCGCUGGCUCCUAAGGAACGUUUGUAUUUAACCUGGUGAGAACAGGAAUUGUGUCAGACUUGUCUCUGAGAAUCUCUCCGUAGUACAUGGGCUCAUCUGCAGCCCAGGCUGCAGCCCAGGCUCUGGGAGCAGAGGGCUGGCUUAGAAUAUACAUUUUUGGGAAAACUUUUCGGAUGUGUUCUUUUACAACCCAAAGGUUAAGGACCUUGGGGUAGACUUGGUUUUCGUCAUUGGGCUUUUCAGACUACGAAGAGAAGGCUUGCCCCACCUGAAGAUGCAAAAGUGAGACAAGAAAAUAAAGUCGUCACCUCACCCACACCAGCCAUGUAUGUACGAUAGUUUCGGUUGCCGGCCUUCCAUGCCCCUCAAGUUUUCCCUUGGCCGUUAGGGAAAAUGAACAAGCCAAGAUGUGUAACCUAUUUAUACUAAGGACUUCCAGCAGAGAAUUUCUUUUUUUUCCUUUAAUGUACUUGAAUAAUUCAGAGUCGAAUGUUCCAAAGCAUUUACAAUUUAGAGCAUUCACCUUGAUACCUUUAAAAAAAAAGCAUCUCAGAGUUUUACGUGGCCUUGUUAUCACACACAUACAUGUGCAUACAAAGAAGGGACGUCCCAGUUUCAAAGCCACAUGUAUUCAUUUCUCUAGAUUUGCUUUACACGACACUAGACAUCCCAGCAAUGCCCUCGCGCUGCUGGCACUAGCUCUGCAUUUCAUGCUGUUGGCUUAUUUUCCUUUUCGUAGAUUCUUACCCUAAAAUGUAGGUGCGGAUUCUUUGCCCAGGGCAGGGGCGAUUACACCCUUCUUCCUCCCGCACUAACAUGUCUUAUAGCAUCCAUUACUACUUCUCCUCUGUGCUGACUCAAUAUGCAAUGUGCUGUUAUUCUGUCUACCGUACAGGAUGACAGGGAUGCUGUUUGCCAUAUAGAAAUGAUGUUCUCUCUAGAAACAAUAGCUCAGCUUCAUGAAGCAGCUGGCAUGUGUGGUCAAGUGGAUAGCUGUACUAUUGCAAGUUGGAUUUAGUAUUAUAUAUACUGAACCUUCAGACUGUUAAGAAUCAAUGUAACUUUUUUUUUUUACUGUUAUUGUAAGCAACUAAUAUUUCACUGCACGUUUCCCACACUGGUGUUCAUUCCUAACUUUUAUGUGUAGACAAUUGUUAGCUUAAUGAUUUCCUCACUGAUAUAACACUUUUGAGUGGGAAUCUUUCUACCCAAAGCCCUAGAAUGAUAGUGCUACAGUGAUUCUUCCAAAUUGACUUCUCCCUUGCUUCCUGCCAGCUUUGGCCAGUACACAGUCAUGGCAGAAAACAGGUACAGAAAUGAGAUGAUUAGAAAUAAUAGGGCUGGCGUGGUGGUACAUGCAUUUGGGAGGCAGGAGCAAGUGACUCUCAAAGUGUUCAAGGCCAGUCUGGUCUACAUAAUGAGCUCCAGGCCAGCCAAGGCUACAUAAUGGAGACCCUGUCUUAAAACAAAGAAAGAAUAGUAGAUGCAUUCAUUGUGAUUCAAUACCACAAGCCCAUACACAGCACAAGAAACAGCUUAAAGAUGCCCCACUAAUAUCUUGGAAAGAAGAAUCUACUGAGGAAAAAGGCAGUUGUCAUACUUGCUAAAGAGUUCAUGUUUAACAUUUCACUGAAAUCACUCCAAGCCUGCACUAAAUACCAAUCGAGUGUUAUUCUGCCUAUUUCUGUGUUGUGCUCUUUGAGCAACAAACUACGGGGAAAUUCUGUGAAAACAAAAAAUUCUUUUCCUUUUUUUAAAAAAUGAAUGACUGCUGUAUUAAAUAUACGAAUAUACAAGCUUUUUUUUUAAUUUAAAUACACUUCUGGCAAGGUUAUAGAUGAUUAACCUCUGUUCAUAGACUUAUAUAUGGAAGUAGAGUUUUUUGUUUACUUUGAAACUGUUUCAAGUGCAAUUGUUUCUUAUAAAACAUGGUCGAUUACCACUAAAUUCUCAUUUUAGCUGGUUAUCUGCAAAUAUAUAGUAUGUAUCCACUGUCUCUUCUUGUGAUAUUUAGUUUGCUUAUUUUAAAGCAGCAACAUUAGCUACGAGUGUCUUGCAAUAUUUUUACCAACAAUAAAAUUAAGUAGAUACUUAAUAAAAAAUCCUUAGUGUGAUUUUAACAUUAUUUUGAGAUUUUGGUUGAGUACAGUUUGAAAUAUAAAAAUGCCCCAUUAUUUAAGGGAUAAGACCAUUCAAUAAAAUACUGACAAGA